AUGGAAUCUUCUGUGGCAAUAAGAAGCAAAGAAUUUGUAGUUAUAGGUACAGAGUCUAGUGUCUGUAAUUCUUACUUGGUAUUAAAAAGAAACCAUGAUAAGUUUAGUACGAUCGAUAAUAAAGUGAUCAUGACAUACAUUUGUAAUCAAGGAGAUGGGUUUAGAACAGCACAGUACAUUACAGAAAAAAUUAAAUUCGAACAGCUGCAAAAUGAGCUUCCACUUACUCCAGAGGUUGUUUCUAAUGUAAUUCAAGAUAAAGUGCAUUACUCUCUGAGGAGGAAUCCUCUUAACCAUACAUUUGUUGUGGGAGGCAAGGAUGAUGAAGCAUAUCAAUUAUAUACUAUUGAUCCAUAUGGAGCUAUGUAUGAGUGUAAAUUUACAGUUGUAGGAAUAGCAGGGUAUUUUUGCUAUGGUAUUCUCGACAAUGAAUACAAGGAUGAUAUUUCGUUGGAAGAGGCUAUUGAAGCAGUAAAAAAAUGUUAUGAAGUUCUUAAAGAAAAUUGCGUUAUAAACCUAGAAAAUGUAGAUCUGCGGAUUUUAGACAGUUCAGGUAUAAGGGAUAUAAGUAUUAGUUUGUAA